AUGGUCUUUUGCCCCCAGGCCCUCCUCGCCCUGUCUUGGGCUUCGCAUCGAUGGCACUGUGCCUAUGAGCUGGUCUUGACCUUUUCUUGGGUCACUUGUCUCAAGGCUGCUGUGUUUGGGAAGUCUAGUGCGGCCUGUGGCGCCAGAGGUUCUUUAGCGGGUCUUAGGAUACAAGGGGCUCGUUUCCGCACCAACGUGCGUCUGCGCCGCUCCAGUGGGCCUCGCUUCAAGGUGACGCUUCUUCUGCUCUACCUUUCAGUUGCUGAUGGCGCCACUCUCCACCUUGGCGCGGCGGUUGUCUCCUCCUGGUGGCUGAGAUCUCCCACUGCUGUGCAACUGCAUGCCCACGGCUUUCAUGAGGGCCUUCCUGUCCUCAGUACGGGGCCGGUUCUGCCCACUCCUACUGCUGAGGAAAUGUGCGAGGUAUACCCCGUCGGCCGCACGGGUAACUUGCUUCUCCCGCGCGACCGCAGUCGUCGGCACCUUGCUGCUUUUGUGGGUACACCGCCUGGGGCUCCCAUUCUCGAACCUUGCCCCGUCCCUUUCUUGGUUGACGAAUGGCUGCAUGGGCCGCUCUUGCAUGCCCGGCUUGCCGCCACCUUGGGAUUCCCUGCCGGUGUCUUCUCUGUCUCAGCCAUCCGUGGGGUACUUCCCGGCCUGCCAAGUGAGCAGCUUCUUCUCACUCCGGCUGCCUGUUCAUGGCGUCAAGUCUGGCUGCCGGUUGACCUUCGUCCGCUGGGUGGCCGCAUCUGCAUGCUUAUGUGCCCCCGCGACUCUACUUGCAGAGCUAUUGCGGUGCUCGCUCUCACAGCUCAGACGAUGCAGACUGAAGUUGACCUUCUGCUUGCUAAGUGCCCCUGGGGUUGGUUGACGCUGAUGUCCCAACCCCUCCUUCUGCAGGACGUUGACACUCUGCAAUUUCAGAUUGGCCCAGCUGCGGAUGCGUUGCAAGGACCUGUCGGUUCUUCUUUGGACCCGCCCCUUUCGUUGUUCUCGGCCAUGCAGGUGAGCCUCCCGACGGCACCCUCAGCCCACGAAGCAUUCCCGGGCCACUCGCAUAACCAAGCUGUCCUCAUCACCCCUAAUGGACUGGUCUAUGUCGAAGCCCCGGUGUUUGCUGACGUUGCGGCCCCAGCCGGUGCCCACACGCAUUUACAGGCCAGGUGGCUUCAGGUUGGCGACUUUGGCGAGGGGCCGCUUUGGUCAGCUCUCCCCUCCGCCAGCGAGGUGUUCCUCAUCACCUGCCGCCUUUGGUGGCCCGGAUCUUCGGUCCGCCUUGAAUUCGCCAACACUGAGAGUGCUCGUGACGCUGCCGCCGAGCUCUACCGUCAGGCCAUUCGACUUGGUCGCCCCCAGAUUGUUGCUGCUUCUUCAGGCCCUACUCUUGAGGCGGUUAACCUUGUCUCUCUCCCGCCCCGCCCUGAGACCCUGACGGUUCUUCUGGAUCUAGGUAGAGAGGUUGUCUGUGUUGAACUGCCAAAGGACUACAGUGCUGAUCAUGUUCUUGCGGCUGCGCAGACCGCGGCUGCUUCGACUGACGUCCAGAUCCUUCGGGGCACUGCCCAUCGUCUUCGCCAAGGGGACGUGGUACGCGUGCGUGUCAGCACAGAGGCGCGCACCCUCGACGUCUCAGCCUUUGUUUUUCCACAUAAUGAUGGCACUGCUUCGCGCUGGCUUCAGGAAGGUCGAAUCGUGUCGCUGCUCCAUCCUGUCGCAGGCGUGUUAUCUUUCGAGGUCCCGCGUGCAUGCGACCUUGACGCUUCUGUGCUGGGUGCGUUGCUGCGCAGCGUUACCCCAGGCCAGCAUGUCUUCGUUGCGCUGCCCGGAGCUGACAUUCUCCCUCAUGCCGCCUUCGUCGCCGCCUUCCCUGGCCAGGACUGUGUCACAUAUCGGCUGACAGAUGCGUCUGACCCCUCUGCUGUGGGUCUGCACUUGGCCUUCUCUGGAGUCUUUGAAUCUUUCCCGGCCUUCUUGGAAAGCCUUCUUCGCAGCAACCGCCCCGCCGCGGCUCUGCUUCGGAGGUUGCAGCCCUUCGGCCUUUCUGUUCUAACCUGGGAAUGCACUUCCUUUCCUGGUCGGGCUGACUGUCGCUACUGGCAUGUCCAUGUGCAGGCCGACUUUGCACGGGCCCGGGAGCACCUUCUGAGCAUCAGUUGGGAGCCGAGACUUGUUCGCACGCCUCCGCCCCUUCCUCCCCCUAGGACCCGGGUUUUCCAUAGCAUAGGUUCCCAAACUAAUGCCCCCUUCAUUUCUGCCAGCACGCCGGCUGCUGUACUCCAGGCACCUCCGUCUGUUUGCGGUGCCGGCGUCACACCCGACUCUGCUUCCGAACUCGUUGACCUCUGGUGCGAUGCAUGGCACGUCAAGUGCUUGGUUGCAUGUUUGCCUGGUUUCACUGUAUGGGCUCUUCGAGAAGGGAGCCGACUCUACGGUAUGUGCACCCCUGCCCCCUCUUGGGAAGCUGUCGCACAGGCCCUAUCCCUGUCCCUCUGGGAGCUCCCACAGACGUUUCUGUCCAGCGACAGCCGUGUUUGGCCGUUGCCCCGUGACAUCACAGGUGUUGCGAUGCAGUGUGUCAGCGUUGGAUACGACUCUCCUGAAGGGGUUUCCCAACUGGUGCGUAACUGCGAGGCUGAGACGCCUAGCCCGCCACCGCCUCCGAGCCCUUUAGCCUCUGCUGCUCUUGGCUUGCCCUGCUUGCGGCGUCACUCGCUACUGUGUGCCCUCAGUCUCCUUCUCCCUGUGGUGUCAGUCCGCGUGACGGUCGAGCCUGCUCCCUUGAUCUCUCAUCUCGCGGAAUCCGAGACACUGCAAACCCGUCGAGAUUUCUCGCGGCCCUGCACUAUGUCUUGGACUCACGAGCUUGCCCGACAGACGCGCGGGUUCGCCCUUUCUGCACCUCAACUCGGCGCGUAUGUUACUGGCGCCUCACCCCACUCAGAAGUGCAGAUGCACCUUUGGCUUCCUGGGCAAGGCCCCGUCCACCUGAGGGUUGGUGCUCGACACCUCGACCAGCAUCUUAGUGCUUACCUCGGCGCCUUCUUGCCAGACUGCGAAUACGGCUUGCACGUGGCUUUCGACUCCAGCCCCCAAGUGCUCGAUCUCCUCGUCUCCCCGCCUUCACCUUAUGGCUGGUGGAUACUGCGAGACUCAAUUGGUUGUGAGCUUCUCCGACCGGUGGUCCAGCACUACACCUCCCAUUGCUCCUUUUUCUUCUGCGCUGUGGAGCCGGAUGGGGUUGUCCAUAUAGUUGAGCCCUCUGCUGAAGUCCGCCAUAUGUCUCCCUGCCCGCAAGGGGCCCGGGCACUUAUUACUAGAGUUCUUCCGGGUUUAGAGGGUAAACUUGUUGAUGGAGUUCUUCAGAUUGUCGCAGCCCGGGCUCGGCCCCCCUCGCUUCUCGGCAGUCUCGCGUUGCUCAUGCUCUGCCGCCACGUGGCCUCUAUGCAACCUCCUCAACUGCUUGCUCUUGCCCCAGUCGUCGAGGCUCCGCCGCCUCCUCCGACAACCAUUCGCAUCUGGACUCUCAACAUUAACGCACCUGUUGACCUGCCUUGGCGUCCUCAGGGUUACCCGACACGGUGGUUGCGAGAGCUGAUGUGCCGUCUACACCAUAUUGACGAUCCCGGCGAGUUCCGGCCCACUCAUUCCACCACGGACAGCUCUGUCCAGCAUGUCCUGUUCGUGCCGGUCGUCCCUGCCACUCGACCCACGGUCCGGUUUUGGCUGCUCCACUGGGGGGACGCUGCGGCUGUUACUUUCGGGCAUUCGCCUUUCAGUUGGGAUGUCGUCUCUGCCCAUCUCAGAGCUCUCUUCCCGGGGGGCCAUUUGCCAGAGCGGAGCCCUGCUCUCUCUUACGCCGGCCAGCUGUACCCGCCAGGGGCUGCCUUGCCUGAUUUUCCAUCGGGAGCUGUCAUUCAGAUUUUGAUUGGUGCUCUUGCGAGGAUCCCGGGCGAUGACGACCCUUGGAACCCGGACCCGCUGGUGGUUGAGGGACCUUACUUCCGGCACGUUCCUAGCAGGGGCCCGGCGCUAGAACCGGCCAUACUCCUCGAUGGACACGGGAACCGACGUGCUGCCGGCGCAUCGCAUGUCCCUCUGGUUGAUCAGGAAGUCCAAACUGACCUCUCAGGCAAUGGCACUGGCCUCGAUCAUGCUACGGUUUCCCGAGUUCACAUGCUGUCUCAGGAGCUUUCUUUUCACACUUCACGACUCUGGGCCGGCCUUGCUGAACCCCAUGCAGAACCAGCUGGGGAAUCGCAACCUGUUCUGCGACUCGCCUCGCAAAGUACCUGCGCUGCGGUGAACCCCUCCACCGUUGAUCUGCUCGAUAUUGCGAGUGUUUCGAGCUGUCGGCGACAGGAUAGGCUUUCGGUGGUUAUUCUGACCUUAGUAUGUACUCGGGGUUACUUUGGAGCUUCAGCAUUCGGGCGCCUCCUUGCCCUGGCAACCUUAGGUGCAGGUUCCAUCAUCAGUGUGCCGCCUGCUAGUUCGGAUGACGAACAGUCCGAGGAUGAAGGUCCACCGCCUGUCCAAGCCUUCAACAUGUCUGCUGCGGAGCCCAACCCGGUCUCUCGCCCUGCUGGCCCACCACCACCAGAGCCUGUCAAUGCCCCUUUCCAGCCUCGUAUGUGGUACCUCCGCGCCGCCCGGCCGCUGGAGGACUACGCGCUAGGCCUAUGGCCGUCUUCAAUUGAAAGGGAGCCCGCCGCGGACGAGGACACUGUCCGCCGCGUUCAGGCUGACUUGCUUGGUCUUCAACGUGGCUUGCGCUCCUUUGCUGCCGCUAUCCCCCUUGGCACCCCUUUCUGCAUUCACAAUCCCUUCACCGCCCGACAGCAGUGCGAGCUUGUCGAGUAUUCUGCUGGCCCUGAGAUCAAUCCCUUUGUACUAUUCAGGGGACACGCCCGCAGCCGGGGUUGGGCCGAUAUAGUGCCUCUGCAACCGCAGCCCGAUGCUACCGCUGUACACCUCAUCGGGUGUCCACAGGCGCCUGGGAACGCCGCUGUCGGUAUUGUGCUGGAAGGCCGUCUUGUGCCCUGCUGUCUCCCGGUCUGUGUUGGGACCGCGGCAUUACGUGCUCUGCAGCUUGACGGGAGUGAGUACGACCUUCGCCCCCCAGAGGUUCAGGAAGGGUCCUCGGUCGUCCAAUUUCGUAAUGGCGACUGUCUGGCUGUGAGACCUCGUUCUCAGUCACGGUCUCCUCCCCCGCCGGCCCAAGCCGCCGCCCUUGUUGCACCGACUAGCGAAGCCGAACCUGCUGCCGGCAGCCCCGACAUCCCCUUCUCCUCACAAGGUCGCCCCUUUUUGUCUUGGGGCUGCUUCUCCCUGAUCUUUUGUCGGGUUACCCCACCAAUGCGCCUCUCUCUUGGGCUCCUUGCUGGCGUCGCUCUAGCACAGGGCAUGCAUAGACCAGGUGGCUUCCCUUGGGGUACUGAUCCAAUCAACCGGGACUUCUCCGCCAUUACGGCGGAGGACCCGGUCUACGUUGUCCUGCACAGUCCUUUCUUGGGGGUGUUUCCCCCAUACACAGCCUCCCAUGGCACUCGUCACGGCCAAGUCUGGGCCCAGUUCCUCAACGACGACCCAGGAUGGGCAUCUGACUUCUUUCCUGUGUGGCCGGGCCCCGCCUUCAACGAGUUGUCCAUGGUCCCGGUGGGACAAGAUGCGGCCCUUGUAACCAUAAUGCUGAUGUGGCGGGGUCACCAUCGGGCCACGCUCACUCCGCGGACCAUGACAGUGGCGUGGUUGACAGACUUUAUCUCGCGCCACAUCAACAGCCCCGUUGAUGGCAUUUCCCUGCCGCACGGGCUCGCGAUCUGCGAGCUCUUUGAUGUUCCGCCUGCGGCUUUCCGUUUUCGCAACGGCGAUGUCGUGUACAUCCAUGACCCUCCGGAGGACCCUUCUGAGCCGCUCGAGUUUGUCGAUCCUUGGCACCUUCAGGAUGGCCUUGCAGCUCAUCACGCUCCCUGGGCUACGGGCUUUCAACUUAUGUUCGGCAUUUCUGUACACCUGCUUCGCCCUAAUCGCCCACCCCUGUUGGCCUCUGUUUCCGCUGGAGAAGCCUGGUGCCCAGAAUCCUUUACGUUCACCGGCACUUUUCGUAACCACUUUCCAGGUAUGUGGACACCCGUCCAGUGGUCCAGUGCCCGGGCAUUACAACUGAUCGAGGUCCACGGUGUCGCGGCUCAGGUUAACGUGGUUGCUGCCUCUCCGGAAGGCCGCCUCUGCCGUACAGUUGACCGGAUCGCCUCGCGCGAUAGUCUUGCCGAUCAGCUGCACUUCCUCCCUGGAUCCCUGCAAGUGGGGGGAGUCCCCUCCUACGCUCUCAAUCAGGCAUGUGAGCUUCGGAAUGGGGACGUCGUGUUCGGGGACUUUGCCCGAGGGGCCUGCGGCGGCCGCCCACUUCUGUGGGGUUUGGUCCUGGGCUUAGUUCCAGCUCUCUCCUCCUGUCGAAUGGGAACCUUUCUUUCGCUCCUGCUGGGUUCCCUUGUGGCCCAUUCCGGCCUUUUCUCUCGUCUCCUCAUGCUGACCUGGUGCCUCCCUGGUUCGCAAGCUAUGGUUCCGGAAACCUCGGUGUUGAGCCAGACCACAUCCUCUGUUAUUCCACAAGCUGCUCCACCCAGGGUCCUGGUUACUGUGGCCAACCCUUUUGCGCCAUGGCAUCGUGUUGAGGCUGACCCACGUCACCUCUUUGACGAUGUUAUGGCAGACGCCCACCGCACUCUGACAUCGUGGCAUCGGGGAUUUGCUGCCACUGGCCUGGUUUUAGAAGGGUUGCUCAGACCAGGGACGGAGACUGGUGGGUCCUUUCUGCUGCCUUCGGUCUCCUGGGGAGGCGUCCUCUCCUCCCUGCCCAACUUGCCCUUAUCUUCUUCGGGCUUCUUGAACCAGCGUGGGGAGCGUCCUCGAGUGCCUCUGACCGCUGCCCCAGCGCGGACUCUUCCGAGGCGCGUACCAUCCGCACUAGGCGACGGCCCAGCAGAAGUCGCUCACCCUCAUCCCUGGCCUGGGAGGUUCUUUCCCCCUGCCAUUGAUUUCAAUGAUGGUGAGCCUUAUGUACCGCUAGGUGGUUGGCAGCCCGAUAACCCCGAUGGCCCUCUUGCACGUUGCUUCCCUGGUCCCCGACCACUCACGGCUCGUGUUUUGUGCCCCCUGCGGGGAUGGAGCGAGACCAGCUUCCUCGACACGACCAGAUCAUGGAGGUCUAUCGAGCAGGAAGGUACGCGCCACUGCGGGCUUUGGGCCCAUCGCUUUUUCCCUGUCCGGGCGGUCCUCCCAAUCUCCCAGAUCACAAUCGCCCCGGUUGCCCCAUACGGUCUUGCCACUGUGGCCCUGCACAUUGAGGGUUGUUCGGCCGUUGCUCUUGCCUCGGUUGACUCGUCUCUUGAUGACAUUCACCGGCUUGCUGUUCGCGUCUUUCCUCACACCCGGUUUUGGCGAGUCAUCGCGCCACCUGUGCUGCGCACUACUAUCCCGAAUGUGCAUAUCAGGCUCCGCAACGGAGACGCUUUUAGCCUCCUUCCCGAGCCUUCCGACCCCGGUGCUACCCGUUAUCCCUUGCUGCAGUAUGCCUCCCUGGAACGGGCACGGCAAGUUGCCAGCUGGUCGCUCCCCUUUCGAUUCGACUCGGGCGGAUACGUCUGCUUGUGGUAUACGGGCCGUCGAUCUGGCCAUAGCAUCCGGAUCAGAGAUACCGGCUAUUGGGAUCCCGAGGGUCCCACCUUCUGGAGUCUUAAUGGCAGAGCGCUGUCAGGGUCAUGGGUCCCUGUUCUCUCUGGGGAUCUAUCCAGUCUGCACCUGGUGCACAGCACCUCCACUGGUGAGGCCCAUGUCCUCCUCUUAAUCUUGAGCCUCAGGGGUUGUUGCUCGCUGGUUGCAAUGCCUUCCGUGCACCGCCUGGGUGGCGCCUUCUACCCGCUCUGCAGUACGUUCGGGCUGACAGUCCUCUCCGAGAUGGGGAUGUUCUUGUGCUGGACCCGACUGCUGAUACGGUUUGGGACCCUACCGGACCGCCCCUGCAAAGCCUUGCGGGUCCGGCCCCGGGCCCUGCUGCGCGCCCACGUUGGGGGCCCUCGUCCUCUGUUGCCGCGGCCAUUUCUGGCCGCUGGGUCUGGCUUGCUGUCCUUUCCGCCAGAUGGCCCCGGCUUCUCGCCCUUGCUUGCUUGGUUGGUGCCGGUCAGGGCAUCCGCUGCGGCCGAUCUGGUUGAUCUCACCAACCGCACAGAGAUUGACAUUGUCCUUCUUAGCCCGCUGUUCGAGCAACCCGGGGACACGCGCCGGCAGGCAGCCGCUGGCGCGCUCUUGACUAUACUUUUGACGGAUCACGCCCACUUGGUUUUGCUGCCGGAGGACCCCACGCGGGUCAAUGUCAUUGUGGAAGCAGACGGCCAUUGCUGGUGUGCCCUUGUAACAGCCGUUACUGAUGCCUGGCAACUCUGGACUGAGCUCCCAUCUAUCUCCUCUCAGCCCCGCGUCCUUGGUGUCCCACACCAGGAACUGCGCCAAGGGACGACCCUUCGCAGCGGCGAUGUUGUUUCCGGCUGCCCAGGGCUCCUCCCCCCCUGUUGGCUCCCCUGCUCUCUGGGGCUUGCGGCUUGGUGGGCACUCGGCUUUGCCUCCUCGGCCCCGGGCUACUUUCUCCUGCUUGCUUGGUUGUUCGCUCUCCCUCCGGUGUCGGGGGCGCGUCUUCCCCACGAGGGCGGCAGUCGACAGUGGUCUCUGGCUGCGUCAAGCUGCGACGGAUCAGCUGCCGAACCGCCUGGCUUUCGCCACCGCCUCUGGGACCCUGCUAGGGGCCUCCUUGGACCUUUUCCGGGACCAUCUUUGUUUGUCCCGCCUGCUCUACAGGAGGCCGCACCAGCUUGGUCCGAUUUCACCAGGGUCCGUCCACCUCAAGACCACCGGUUCAUUGAUUGGGUCCCGGUACCUUCGGCUCCGUUGUUUGCCACUGUUCUGAUCCAAUGCCCACCUGCCACUAGAGCUGCACUUCUGCCCGCUACCUGUGCUGUGGCUGAUCUUGCUCGAGCCAGCAGACACUCUAUUCCUGACCUGUCAUACGUCUUGGCUCCGCCAGAGGCUUGGUGCGGUACUGCCACGACUUGUAAUCCCACCUUAUUCCUCCGAUCUGGUGAUGUCCUGACUCUGGCCAGCGCCACGUGGGCACCGCGCCUCCGCUCACCCGUCGGGCGGUUCUGGGAAACUCUUCUCCAGGCUCGUCAGCUAGCCUUCUGGGGCAGCCCCUUUCGCAUCAGGCAGCCUGGACUUCUCUUUGCUUGGACCCCGGGAGAUCCGGUCCCGCUUACUGUCCCCACUACCAGUGAUGAACAGUGGGAUCCUGAACAUUGCACUUUCCGCCCUUCUUUGGUCCGGUUCAGUGUUGGCCGCUGGAUUCCAGCAGCCCGUGUCGACGACCUUGGGCUUCACCUUGUCCCUGAAAGCCCUAAUCUACAUUGGGCCCAUGUCUUGCCUGCCCAACCUCCCCUAAGCGUUCGCGUGGUGCCUCGCCAUGGUGCAGAUGGACUCCUGCGGGAUGGUGACAGCGGCUCCCCUCUGGGCAGCGCUCCCUCCCGCACUUUGCUUCCGUUGCUUGCCAGCCUGGUCGUUCACGGGCGCCUGGGUCGGCACUGGUUCUUUCUUCUCAGUGCUUGGGUUAUUCUGGCUGGGCUGCCCGAGUUGUUUCCGGGUAAGAUGGCCCUAGGUUUCCCGCCGGUCCCCAUUAAUGCCCUUGUUCGGACCCCAGGUCCAUCGCUUAAUGAAGUGGAUUUCGGGCUGCUCUCCCGCACCAGUUGCUAUCUUCGUGCAUGGGGGGCGCCAGAUUGGCACAGCCCGGAUGGAAUCUCCUGGGCGGCAGAUAUCCAUCAGGAGUGUGCCGCUCAAGCCUCCUUGCACCAGUUGUGGUGGAUGCACGACCUCUUCCCGAAUCUCCCGCCAGCGCCUUAUCGCCAGGCCUUCUCCAGCUUCCCACUCUGGUCUGGAGGUGUACCCGAUCAGGUUCUCAUCGCCACUGAUGGGAGCGGCGAGCGGGGAGGAGCAUGGGCCUUCUGCGUAUGGGUCUGGUGGCGUCACAAGUGGCACCGGGUUGGUUGGUUCGGCGCCGCGGGGGCCGAUACCCCUUGGAUCUCUGGCACUGCGGCCCCCGGGAGUGGUGUCCCCUUUCAAGCUGAGCUCUGGGCCCUGCAAGCCGCGGGCCUCUGGCUCCUCGCUUGGGCCGACCGUCUCUCCCUUCUGACGUCGCCACCGCCUGCCAAGGUCACCAUUGCGGUUGACAAUGCCUCUGCGCUCCAGAUCGCGGCUGGGCAAGCGCAGGCCAGUGAGCCAGUCACCACCCUCACUCGAUAUAUCUGGCAAGCUGUCCAGUCCCGCAUGUCCACUCGCUUUCAACACGUGCACAGCCAUGUCGGCAUUCUCCCUAAUACGAUCGCCGACUUUCUCGCUGGCUGGGCCGGCCGGACUUCGUGGCAUCCCUGGAAACGAAGCGGCGCCUUAGCUCUGGCUCAUUCCACAUGCCAAGGUGAUCCAAGGCAGACCCUGUGUCCGCCUCACCGCACAAUCACUCCCCCAUGCGCCAGCCGGUCGAGGGUGCCCUGUGCUGCUCCGUCGCUAGAGCCCCAGCGACCGUUGUCGCUAGCACCCUCGCUUUCCCUUCGCAUUGUUACGGCUAACGUUCAAACAAUGCGAGAUUCUUGUGCCUCCUUCUUUAACCCGUCGGGUCAUGGCCAGCGGCGUCAAUACUUGUACUCUCAAGUCGCCCAACUGGGCCUCGAUGUAGUCUGCCUUCAGGAGACGCGCAGCAAAGGAGGCCGAUGGGACACAGCCGGCCUUCUCACCUGGCGCUCCGGUGCCCAAAAAGGUAGCUACGGUUGCGAAAUUUGGAUUAGGCCCCAGCUAGUUAACCCCCCCCUCCGCCUGGAUGACUGGCGCAUUGCCUGUGCAGACCCAAGACUUUUAGUCAUAGUCUGUAAAAGGGCGGACCUCCCUUUGGCCGUUGUCGCGGCGCAUGCUCCACACGCCGACAGACCAGUGCCCGAAAUCCACCACUUUUGGUCCUCACUGCAAUCUCAGCUGUGCCAGCUCCCACGGGCCCUCACUUUGGUCCUGGGUCUCGAUGCUAACGCUGAUCUUCUUUGGGCCGAUGAUGACCAUGCAUAUAUCGGAGAUGCUCUUGGUAAUGGCGAGGAAGGAGCGGGCGAGCAAGGCCUUUUUGAUACCAUCCAGCGUUUUGGCCUCCUUGCCCCUGCCUCCUUCUCGGACCUUCAAGCUGGUCCUGGGAGCAUACUGGCGGCACCCGCAAGCGCUGGCCCCUGGUCCUGCCGUCGCACCCGACAGCUUCCUGAGCUGGACAUUCUCAAUGGUCGUCGGGAUCAUAUGCCGCUUCUGGUAGAGUGCGACCUCCGGGGCCAGGCCACCCGGCCCAAGGCGCCGGCCCCGCCCCGUGCCACUGUGCACCAGGCACGAGCCAUCGCUGCCGAUCUUUGGGGAGCUCUGCCGUCUACCCUCAGGCACAUCGAUAGCGUGGGCGCCGAAGUGCAGGCUCUUAAAACCCAGCACUCCUCCUUGCUUCGGGCCCUUCCUCGCCCUCCACGCCGCCCCAUCCGACAGCCCUACAUCACAGCGGCCUCUGUCACCGCACUCGAUCGAGUUCGGCAGGCGCGAGAACAGCUCCCCCGGCUGCGAACUAAUUUGGAGUGGCAGCAGCGCCGCUUUCUCUUGCAAGUGUGGCGACUGGGUUGCACACACCGACACCCCGAUGCUGCACCCUUGCGCCCUGAUCCGACGGGCCUGCAACAUGCCCGCCUUCUUCUCCAGGCUUGUAAUCUCCAUGUACGGGGUCUUCAGCAGAAGGCCCACUAUCUAGCGAGGUCCGACAAGCUGGCUCAUUUCCGCACACUUACUCUGGAGGCGACCAAACACUGGGAAGCCACCGGAGUCCCUUUGGAAUCCAUCCGGCAUCUUCGCUGGGCCUCUCGCAAGGCACACGAACGUCGGUCUGUUCACGCAGCCGGUGGCUUCGACAUUGAUAGCGAGUUGGAGGCCCAGUUCCGCGACCAGGAGGGGGCCAGUCUGGUCAGCCCAGUGCAGCUCUCCAGCGCCGCUGAGCGAUGGAUGAACGAACCGCGCCUCCCGUGUGCCGAGGCGGUUCCCACCCUCCUGCAGAUGGAACAAAUGUGUGUCCGUCAGGCGGCCGCCAAGGCCCCAGGACCAGACGGACUGCGGAACGAGCUCUGGCGCACGCAGGGAGCCUCUGCAGGGCAGUGGCUCUGGCCCCUGUGCGUGCGCAUCGCUCUCCAAGGAAGGGAGCCUUUUGACUUUAAGGCGGCCAUUGUAUGCGCCCUUUACAAGAAGGGCCCAGCCUCUCUCCCUGCUAAUUACCGCUCUAUCGCGCUACUGAAUGGCAUCGCGAAGCUAUGGCACUCGCACCUGCGCUCCACUGUGGGAGGCCACGUCUUGUCGCGAUACGAGCCUAUGCAGCUUGGGGGCCGCAAGGGUGUCCACACAGGAUUUGCGUUGGCCGCCUUCCGUUGUGCCUGGGACCUUUCCAUCUCAGCUGGCCGAUGUGUUGCCGUGGUCUUCGUCGAUAUCCAGGCCGCGUACUAUGAGGCCAGCCGGGAUCUCCUCUUUGAAGGCUUCCCUGAUGACACUGCCCUGCCAGAGCAUCACCACCUUGCUGGGCUGGUGCUCAGUCUUCAACAACAAGGGGCCCUUACUGCCUUGGGUGUUGCAGAGGAUGUUGUUGCACUCCUCCGUGACUGUGUCGCCCUCUCCCACUGGUCACUCUCUGGCUCUUCCAACAUUUUUCUUGCGUCACGGGGGUCUCGUCCAGGUGAUGGCCUAGCCGACAUCCUCUUUGGAGCCCUUUUCGCUGUUGGCCUUCAGCAUAUCCAGCGCGCUGCCACCCGUCAGGGAAUUGUUCACACCAGCGCCGGUGCUGAAGUUGGCCUCUCCCCAGGGGUCAAGCCCAUCGGCUGGGCUGACGACCUUGCAGUUAUGGCCGAUUUUGACCGACCAGCUGAUCUUCUUGUUCAACUGCCCGCGCUGGUCGGCAUUAUCCUUGACACUCUCCGACUCCUCCGAUUUCGUGUUAAUUUGGGUGCGGGUAAAACUGAGGCCCUUGUUGACAUCCGGGGGGAGGGCGCUCGAGCGGCCCGUGGAGCUCUCCUCACCGGUGAUGCGAUGUUAAAGAUCUCUGACUCUGACAGCAUCAAGUUGUGUCCCGAGUACAAGUAUCUGGGUGUGGCUCAGCUGCCUCGGGAUACGGGCCGCCGCGACUGUGAGCUUGCCGCCCAACGAGGCGCCGCUGCGGCCUCCCUUGCUCGCACUCUCCUCUGCAGCAAUUGCUUGCCCUGGGAACUUAAACGGGCUUGGGUCGCGGGACGAGUCCUGCCCUCUGCUUAUUCCUCCCUUGCUAUGUCUCUGGCCGACUCCGGCCGUGCCACGGCCCCUCUCGCUGGCCUUUUUGAACGCACGGCCAGGAUCCUGCUGUCCUCAUGGCAGGUUGGGCACAAGCUCACCACUCCACUGCUCCGGCUCCUCGCUGACAUUACUCCUCCUGACCUGGCUACCACCAUCAGUCAGUGUCGCCUCUGCGUCCAGCUUUUCUGUAAAGCACCCACGGCGGUGCGUGACAUCGUCGAUGCGGCGUGGAACAGGGCGCGCACCCUCGACGUCUCAGCCUUUGUUUUUCCACAUAAUGAUGGCACUGCUUCGCGCUGGCUUCAGGAAGGUCGAAUCGUGUCGCUGCUCCAUCCUGUCGCAGGCGUGUUAUCUUUCGAGGUCCCGCGUGCAUGCGACCUUGACGCUUCUGUGCUGGGUGCGUUGCUGCGCAGCGUUACCCCAGGCCAGCAUGUCUUCGUUGCGCUGCCCGGAGCUGACAUUCUCCCUCAUGCCGCCUUCGUCGCCGCCUUCCCUGGCCAGGACUGUGUCACAUAUCGGCUGACAGAUGCGUCUGACCCCUCUGCUGUGGGUCUGCACUUGGCCUUCUCUGGAGUCUUUGAAUCUUUCCCGGCCUUCUUGGAAAGCCUUCUUCGCAGCAACCGCCCCGCCGCGGCUCUGCUUCGGAGGUUGCAGCCCUUCGGCCUUUCUGUUCUAACCUGGGAAUGCACUUCCUUUCCUGGUCGGGCUGACUGUCGCUACUGGCAUGUCCAUGUGCAGGCCGACUUUGCACGGGCCCGGGAGCACCUUCUGAGCAUCAGUUGGGAGCCGAGACUUGUUCGCACGCCUCCGCCCCUUCCUCCCCCUAGGACCCGGGUUUUCCAUAGCAUAGGUUCCCAAACUAAUGCCCCCUUCAUUUCUGCCAGCACGCCGGCUGCUGUACUCCAGGCACCUCCGUCUGUUUGCGGUGCCGGCGUCACACCCGACUCUGCUUCCGAACUCGUUGACCUCUGGUGCGAUGCAUGGCACGUCAAGUGCUUGGUUGCAUGUUUGCCUGGUUUCACUGUAUGGGCUCUUCGAGAAGGGAGCCGACUCUACGGUAUGUGCACCCCUGCCCCCUCUUGGGAAGCUGUCGCACAGGCCCUAUCCCUGUCCCUCUGGGAGCUCCCACAGACGUUUCUGUCCAGCGACAGCCGUGUUUGGCCGUUGCCCCGUGACAUCACAGGUGUUGCGAUGCAGUGUGUCAGCGUUGGAUACGACUCUCCUGAAGGGGUUUCCCAACUGGUGCGUAACUGCGAGGCUGAGACGCCUAGCCCGCCACCGCCUCCGAGCCCUUUAGCCUCUGCUGCUCUUGGCUUGCCCUGCUUGCGGCGUCACUCGCUACUGUGUGCCCUCAGUCUCCUUCUCCCUGUGGUGUCAGUCCGCGUGACGGUUGAGCCUGCUCCCUUGAUCUCUCAUCUCGCGGAAUCCGAGACACUGCAAACCCGUCGAGAUUUCUCGCGGCCCUGCACUAUGUCUUGGACUCACGAGCUUGCCCGACAGACGCGCGGGUUCGCCCUUUCUGCACCUCAACUCGGCGCGUAUGUUACUGGCGCCUCACCCCACUCAGAAGUGCAGAUGCACCUUUGGCUUCCUGGGCAAGGCCCCGUCCACCUGAGGGUUGGUGCUCGACACCUCGACCAGCAUCUUAGUGCUUACCUCGGCGCCUUCUUGCCAGACUGCGAAUACGGCUUGCACGUGGCUUUCGACUCCAGCCCCCAAGUGCUCGAUCUCCUCGUCUCCCCGCCUUCACCUUAUGGCUGGUGGAUACUGCGAGACUCAAUUGGUUGUGAGCUUCUCCGACCGGUGGUCCAGCACUACACCUCCCAUUGCUCCUUUUUCUUCUGCGCUGUGGAGCCGGAUGGGGUUGUCCAUAUAGUUGAGCCCUCUGCUGAAGUCCGCCAUAUGUCUCCCUGCCCGCAAGGGGCCCGGGCACUUAUUACUAGAGUUCUUCCGGGUUUAGAGGGUAAACUUGUUGAUGGAGUUCUUCAGAUUGUCGCAGCCCGGGCUCGGCCCCCCUCGCUUCUCGGCAGUCUCGCGUUGCUCAUGCUCUGCCGCCACGUGGCCUCUAUGCAACCUCCUCAACUGCUUGCUCUUGCCCCAGUCGUCGAGGCUCCGCCGCCUCCUCCGACAACCAUUCGCAUCUGGACUCUCAACAUUAACGCACCUGUUGACCUGCCUUGGCGUCCUCAGGGUUACCCGACACGGUGGUUGCGAGAGCUGAUGUGCCGUCUACACCAUAUUGACGAUCCCGGCGAGUUCCGGCCCACUCAUUCCACCACGGACAGCUCUGUCCAGCAUGUCCUGUUCGUGCCGGUCGUCCCUGCCACUCGACCCACGGUCCGGUUUUGGCUGCUCCACUGGGGGGACGCUGCGGCUGUUACUUUCGGGCAUUCGCCUUUCAGUUGGGAUGUCGUCUCUGCCCAUCUCAGAGCUCUCUUCCCGGGGGGCCAUUUGCCAGAGCGGAGCCCUGCUCUCUCUUACGCCGGCCAGCUGUACCCGCCAGGGGCUGCCUUGCCUGAUUUUCCAUCGGGAGCUGUCAUUCAGAUUUUGAUUGGUGCUCUUGCGAGGAUCCCGGGCGAUGACGACCCUUGGAACCCGGACCCGCUGGUGGUUGAGGGACCUUACUUCCGGCACGUUCCUAGCAGGGGCCCGGCGCUAGAACCGGCCAUACUCCUCGAUGGACACGGGAACCGACGUGCUGCCGGCGCAUCGCAUGUCCCUCUGGUUGAUCAGGAAGUCCAAACUGACCUCUCAGGCAAUGGCACUGGCCUCGAUCAUGCUACGGUUUCCCGAGUUCACAUGCUGUCUCAGGAGCUUUCUUUUCACACUUCACGACUCUGGGCCGGCCUUGCUGAACCCCAUGCAGAACCAGCUGGGGAAUCGCAACCUGUUCUGCGACUCGCCUCGCAAAGUACCUGCGCUGCGGUGAACCCCUCCACCGUUGAUCUGCUCGAUAUUGCGAGUGUUUCGAGCUGUCGGCGACAGGAUAGGCUUUCGGUGGUUAUUCUGACCUUAGUAUGUACUCGGGGUUACUUUGGAGCUUCAGCAUUCGGGCGCCUCCUUGCCCUGGCAACCUUAGGUGCAGGUUCCAUCAUCAGUGUGCCGCCUGCUAGUUCGGAUGACGAACAGUCCGAGGAUGAAGGUCCACCGCCUGUCCAAGCCUUCAACAUGUCUGCUGCGGAGCCCAACCCGGUCUCUCGCCCUGCUGGCCCACCACCACCAGAGCCUGUCAAUGCCCCUUUCCAGCCUCGUAUGUGGUACCUCCGCGCCGCCCGGCCGCUGGAGGACUACGCGCUAGGCCUAUGGCCGUCUUCAAUUGAAAGGGAGCCCGCCGCGGACGAGGACACUGUCCGCCGCGUUCAGGCUGACUUGCUUGGUCUUCAACGUGGCUUGCGCUCCUUUGCUGCCGCUAUCCCCCUUGGCACCCCUUUCUGCAUUCACAAUCCCUUCACCGCCCGACAGCAGUGCGAGCUUGUCGAGUAUUCUGCUGGCCCUGAGAUCAAUCCCUUUGUACUAUUCAGGGGACACGCCCGCAGCCGGGGUUGGGCCGAUAUAGUGCCUCUGCAACCGCAGCCCGAUGCUACCGCUGUACACCUCAUCGGGUGUCCACAGGCGCCUGGGAACGCCGCUGUCGGUAUUGUGCUGGAAGGCCGUCUUGUGCCCUGCUGUCUCCCGGUCUGUGUUGGGACCGCGGCAUUACGUGCUCUGCAGCUUGACGGGAGUGAGUACGACCUUCGCCCCCCAGAGGUUCAGGAAGGGUCCUCGGUCGUCCAAUUUCGUAAUGGCGACUGUCUGGCUGUGAGACCUCGUUCUCAGUCACGGUCUCCUCCCCCGCCGGCCCAAGCCGCCGCCCUUGUUGCACCGACUAGCGAAGCCGAACCUGCUGCCGGCAGCCCCGACAUCCCCUUCUCCUCACAAGGUCGCCCCUUUUUGUCUUGGGGCUGCUUCUCCCUGAUCUUUUGUCGGGUUACCCCACCAAUGCGCCUCUCUCUUGGGCUCCUUGCUGGCGUCGCUCUAGCACAGGGCAUGCAUAGACCAGGUGGCUUCCCUUGGGGUACUGAUCCAAUCAACCGGGACUUCUCCGCCAUUACGGCGGAGGACCCGGUCUACGUUGUCCUGCACAGUCCUUUCUUGGGGGUGUUUCCCCCAUACACAGCCUCCCAUGGCACUCGUCACGGCCAAGUCUGGGCCCAGUUCCUCAACGACGACCCAGGAUGGGCAUCUGACUUCUUUCCUGUGUGGCCGGGCCCCGCCUUCAACGAGUUGUCCAUGGUCCCGGUGGGACAAGAUGCGGCCCUUGUAACCAUAAUGCUGAUGUGGCGGGGUCACCAUCGGGCCACGCUCACUCCGCGGACCAUGACAGUGGCGUGGUUGACAGACUUUAUCUCGCGCCACAUCAACAGCCCCGUUGAUGGCAUUUCCCUGCCGCACGGGCUCGCGAUCUGCGAGCUCUUUGAUGUUCCGCCUGCGGCUUUCCGUUUUCGCAACGGCGAUGUCGUGUACAUCCAUGACCCUCCGGAGGACCCUUCUGAGCCGCUCGAGUUUGUCGAUCCUUGGCACCUUCAGGAUGGCCUUGCAGCUCAUCACGCUCCCUGGGCUACGGGCUUUCAACUUAUGUUCGGCAUUUCUGUACACCUGCUUCGCCCUAAUCGCCCACCCCUGUUGGCCUCUGUUUCCGCUGGAGAAGCCUGGUGCCCAGAAUCCUUUACGUUCACCGGCACUUUUCGUAACCACUUUCCAGGUAUGUGGACACCCGUCCAGUGGUCCAGUGCCCGGGCAUUACAACUGAUCGAGGUCCACGGUGUCGCGGCUCAGGUUAACGUGGUUGCUGCCUCUCCGGAAGGCCGCCUCUGCCGUACAGUUGACCGGAUCGCCUCGCGCGAUAGUCUUGCCGAUCAGCUGCACUUCCUCCCUGGAUCCCUGCAAGUGGGGGGAGUCCCCUCCUACGCUCUCAAUCAGGCAUGUGAGCUUCGGAAUGGGGACGUCGUGUUCGGGGACUUUGCCCGAGGGGCCUGCGGCGGCCGCCCACUUCUGUGGGGUUUGGUCCUGGGCUUAGUUCCAGCUCUCUCCUCCUGUCGAAUGGGAACCUUUCUUUCGCUCCUGCUGGGUUCCCUUGUGGCCCAUUCCGGCCUUUUCUCUCGUCUCCUCAUGCUGACCUGGUGCCUCCCUGGUUCGCAAGCUAUGGUUCCGGAAACCUCGGUGUUGAGCCAGACCACAUCCUCUGUUAUUCCACAAGCUGCUCCACCCAGGGUCCUGGUUACUGUGGCCAACCCUUUUGCGCCAUGGCAUCGUGUUGAGGCUGACCCACGUCACCUCUUUGACGAUGUUAUGGCAGACGCCCACCGCACUCUGACAUCGUGGCAUCGGGGAUUUGCUGCCACUGGCCUGGUUUUAGAAGGGUUGCUCAGACCAGGGACGGAGACUGGUGGGUCCUUUCUGCUGCCUUCGGUCUCCUGGGGAGGCGUCCUCUCCUCCCUGCCCAACUUGCCCUUAUCUUCUUCGGGCUUCUUGAACCAGCGUGGGGAGCGUCCUCGAGUGCCUCUGACCGCUGCCCCAGCGCGGACUCUUCCGAGGCGCGUACCAUCCGCACUAGGCGACGGCCCAGCAGAAGUCGCUCACCCUCAUCCCUGGCCUGGGAGGUUCUUUCCCCCUGCCAUUGAUUUCAAUGAUGGUGAGCCUUAUGUACCGCUAGGUGGUUGGCAGCCCGAUAACCCCGAUGGCCCUCUUGCACGUUGCUUCCCUGGUCCCCGACCACUCACGGCUCGUGUUUUGUGCCCCCUGCGGGGAUGGAGCGAGACCAGCUUCCUCGACACGACCAGAUCAUGGAGGUCUAUCGAGCAGGAAGGUACGCGCCACUGCGGGCUUUGGGCCCAUCGCUUUUUCCCUGUCCGGGCGGUCCUCCCAAUCUCCCAGAUCACAAUCGCCCCGGUUGCCCCAUACGGUCUUGCCACUGUGGCCCUGCACAUUGAGGGUUGUUCGGCCGUUGCUCUUGCCUCGGUUGACUCGUCUCUUGAUGACAUUCACCGGCUUGCUGUUCGCGUCUUUCCUCACACCCGGUUUUGGCGAGUCAUCGCGCCACCUGUGCUGCGCACUACUAUCCCGAAUGUGCAUAUCAGGCUCCGCAACGGAGACGCUUUUAGCCUCCUUCCCGAGCCUUCCGACCCCGGUGCUACCCGUUAUCCCUUGCUGCAGUAUGCCUCCCUGGAACGGGCACGGCAAGUUGCCAGCUGGUCGCUCCCCUUUCGAUUCGACUCGGGCGGAUACGUCUGCUUGUGGUAUACGGGCCGUCGAUCUGGCCAUAGCAUCCGGAUCAGAGAUACCGGCUAUUGGGAUCCCGAGGGUCCCACCUUCUGGAGUCUUAAUGGCAGAGCGCUGUCAGGGUCAUGGGUCCCUGUUCUCUCUGGGGAUCUAUCCAGUCUGCACCUGGUGCACAGCACCUCCACUGGUGAGGCCCAUGUCCUCCUCUUAAUCUUGAGCCUCAGGGGUUGUUGCUCGCUGGUUGCAAUGCCUUCCGUGCACCGCCUGGGUGGCGCCUUCUACCCGCUCUGCAGUACGUUCGGGCUGACAGUCCUCUCCGAGAUGGGGAUGUUCUUGUGCUGGACCCGACUGCUGAUACGGUUUGGGACCCUACCGGACCGCCCCUGCAAAGCCUUGCGGGUCCGGCCCCGGGCCCUGCUGCGCGCCCACGUUGGGGGCCCUCGUCCUCUGUUGCCGCGGCCAUUUCUGGCCGCUGGGUCUGGCUUGCUGUCCUUUCCGCCAGAUGGCCCCGGCUUCUCGCCCUUGCUUGCUUGGUUGGUGCCGGUCAGGGCAUCCGCUGCGGCCGAUCUGGUUGAUCUCACCAACCGCACAGAGAUUGACAUUGUCCUUCUUAGCCCGCUGUUCGAGCAACCCGGGGACACGCGCCGGCAGGCAGCCGCUGGCGCGCUCUUGACUAUACUUUUGACGGAUCACGCCCACUUGGUUUUGCUGCCGGAGGACCCCACGCGGGUCAAUGUCAUUGUGGAAGCAGACGGCCAUUGCUGGUGUGCCCUUGUAACAGCCGUUACUGAUGCCUGGCAACUCUGGACUGAGCUCCCAUCUAUCUCCUCUCAGCCCCGCGUCCUUGGUGUCCCACACCAGGAACUGCGCCAAGGGACGACCCUUCGCAGCGGCGAUGUUGUUUCCGGCUGCCCAGGGCUCCUCCCCCCCUGUUGGCUCCCCUGCUCUCUGGGGCUUGCGGCUUGGUGGGCACUCGGCUUUGCCUCCUCGGCCCCGGGCUACUUUCUCCUGCUUGCUUGGUUGUUCGCUCUCCCUCCGGUGUCGGGGGCGCGUCUUCCCCACGAGGGCGGCAGUCGACAGUGGUCUCUGGCUGCGUCAAGCUGCGACGGAUCAGCUGCCGAACCGCCUGGCUUUCGCCACCGCCUCUGGGACCCUGCUAGGGGCCUCCUUGGACCUUUUCCGGGACCAUCUUUGUUUGUCCCGCCUGCUCUACAGGAGGCCGCACCAGCUUGGUCCGAUUUCACCAGGGUCCGUCCACCUCAAGACCACCGGUUCAUUGAUUGGGUCCCGGUACCUUCGGCUCCGUUGUUUGCCACUGUUCUGAUCCAAUGCCCACCUGCCACUAGAGCUGCACUUCUGCCCGCUACCUGUGCUGUGGCUGAUCUUGCUCGAGCCAGCAGACACUCUAUUCCUGACCUGUCAUACGUCUUGGCUCCGCCAGAGGCUUGGUGCGGUACUGCCACGACUUGUAAUCCCACCUUAUUCCUCCGAUCUGGUGAUGUCCUGACUCUGGCCAGCGCCACGUGGGCACCGCGCCUCCGCUCACCCGUCGGGCGGUUCUGGGAAACUCUUCUCCAGGCUCGUCAGCUAGCCUUCUGGGGCAGCCCCUUUCGCAUCAGGCAGCCUGGACUUCUCUUUGCUUGGACCCCGGGAGAUCCGGUCCCGCUUACUGUCCCCACUACCAGUGAUGAACAGUGGGAUCCUGAACAUUGCACUUUCCGCCCUUCUUUGGUCCGGUUCAGUGUUGGCCGCUGGAUUCCAGCAGCCCGUGUCGACGACCUUGGGCUUCACCUUGUCCCUGAAAGCCCUAAUCUACAUUGGGCCCAUGUCUUGCCUGCCCAACCUCCCCUAAGCGUUCGCGUGGUGCCUCGCCAUGGUGCAGAUGGACUCCUGCGGGAUGGUGACAGCGGCUCCCCUCUGGGCAGCGCUCCCUCCCGCACUUUGCUUCCGUUGCUUGCCAGCCUGGUCGUUCACGGGCGCCUGGGUCGGCACUGGUUCUUUCUUCUCAGUGCUUGGGUUAUUCUGGCUGGGCUGCCCGAGUUGUUUCCGGGUAAGAUGGCCCUAGGUUUCCCGCCGGUCCCCAUUAAUGCCCUUGUUCGGACCCCAGGUCCAUCGCUUAAUGAAGUGGAUUUCGGGCUGCUCUCCCGCACCAGUUGCUAUCUUCGUGCAUGGGGGGCGCCAGAUUGGCACAGCCCGGAUGGAAUCUCCUGGGCGGCAGAUAUCCAUCAGGAGUGUGCCGCUCAAGCCUCCUUGCACCAGUUGUGGUGGAUGCACGACCUCUUCCCGAAUCUCCCGCCAGCGCCUUAUCGCCAGGCCUUCUCCAGCUUCCCACUCUGGUCUGGAGGUGUACCCGAUCAGGUUCUCAUCGCCACUGAUGGGAGCGGCGAGCGGGGAGGAGCAUGGGCCUUCUGCGUAUGGGUCUGGUGGCGUCACAAGUGGCACCGGGUUGGUUGGUUCGGCGCCGCGGGGGCCGAUACCCCUUGGAUCUCUGGCACUGCGGCCCCCGGGAGUGGUGUCCCCUUUCAAGCUGAGCUCUGGGCCCUGCAAGCCGCGGGCCUCUGGCUCCUCGCUUGGGCCGACCGUCUCUCCCUUCUGACGUCGCCACCGCCUGCCAAGGUCACCAUUGCGGUUGACAAUGCCUCUGCGCUCCAGAUCGCGGCUGGGCAAGCGCAGGCCAGUGAGCCAGUCACCACCCUCACUCGAUAUAUCUGGCAAGCUGUCCAGUCCCGCAUGUCCACUCGCUUUCAACACGUGCACAGCCAUGUCGGCAUUCUCCCUAAUACGAUCGCCGACUUUCUCGCUGGCUGGGCCGGCCGGACUUCGUGGCAUCCCUGGAAACGUGUCGAUGCUGCCCUCCCCGCCCUGCUGCAGGAAGCGGCUGGCCCCUGGUCCUGCCGUCGCACCCGACAGCUUCCUGAGCUGGACAUUCUCAAUGGUCGUCGGGAUCAUAUGCCGCUUCUGGCACGAGCCAUCGCUGCCGAUCUUUGGGGAGCUCUGCCGUCUACCCUCAGGCACAUCGAUAGCGUGGGCGCCGAAGUGCAGGCUCUUAAAACCCAGCACUCCUCCUUGCUUCGGGCCCUUCCUCGCCCUCCACGCCGCCCCAUCCGACAGCCCUACAUCACAGCGGCCUCUGUCACCGCACUCGAUCGAGUUCGGCAGGCGCGAGAACAGCUCCCCCGGCUGCGAACUAAUUUGGAGUGGCAGCAGCGCCGCUUUCUCUUGCAAGUGUGGCGACUGGGUUGCACACACCGACACCCCGAUGCUGCACCCUUGCGCCCUGAUCCGACGGGCCUGCAACAUGCCCGCCUUCUUCUCCAGGCUUGUAAUCUCCAUGUACGGGGUCUUCAGCAGAAGGCCCACUAUCUAGCGAGGUCCGACAAGCUGGCUCAUUUCCGCACACUUACUCUGGAGGCGACCAAACACUGGGAAGCCACCGGAGUCCCUUUGGAAUCCAUCCGGCAUCUUCGCUGGGCCUCUCGCAAGGCACACGAACGUCGGUCUGUUCACGCAGCCGGUGGCUUCGACAUUGAUAGCGAGUUGGAGGCCCAGUUCCGCGACCAGGAGGGGGCCAGUCUGGUCAGCCCAGUGCAGCUCUCCAGCGCCGCUGAGCGAUGGAUGAACGAACCGCGCCUCCCGUGUGCCGAGGCGGUUCCCACCCUCCUGCAGAUGGAACAAAUGUGUGUCCGUCAGGCGGCCGCCAAGGCCCCAGGACCAGACGGACUGCGGAACGAGCUCUGGCGCACGCAGGGAGCCUCUGCAGGGCAGUGGCUCUGGCCCCUGUGCGUGCGCAUCGCUCUCCAAGGAAGGGAGCCUUUUGACUUUAAGGCGGCCAUUGUAUGCGCCCUUUACAAGAAGGGCCCAGCCUCUCUCCCUGCUAAUUACCGCUCUAUCGCGCUACUGAAUGGCAUCGCGAAGCUAUGGCACUCGCACCUGCGCUCCACUGUGGGAGGCCACGUCUUGUCGCGAUACGAGCCUAUGCAGCUUGGGGGCCGCAAGGGUGUCCACACAGGAUUUGCGUUGGCCGCCUUCCGUUGUGCCUGGGACCUUUCCAUCUCAGCUGGCCGAUGUGUUGCCGUGGUCUUCGUCGAUAUCCAGGCCGCGUACUAUGAGGCCAGCCGGGAUCUCCUCUUUGAAGGCUUCCCUGAUGACACUGCCCUGCCAGAGCAUCACCACCUUGCUGGGCUGGUGCUCAGUCUUCAACAACAAGGGGCCCUUACUGCCUUGGGUGUUGCAGAGGAUGUUGUUGCACUCCUCCGUGACUGUGUCGCCCUCUCCCACUGGUCACUCUCUGGCUCUUCCAACAUUUUUCUUGCGUCACGGGGGUCUCGUCCAGGUGAUGGCCUAGCCGACAUCCUCUUUGGAGCCCUUUUCGCUGUUGGCCUUCAGCAUAUCCAGCGCGCUGCCACCCGUCAGGGAAUUGUUCACACCAGCGCCGGUGCUGAAGUUGGCCUCUCCCCAGGGGUCAAGCCCAUCGGCUGGGCUGACGACCUUGCAGUUAUGGCCGAUUUUGACCGACCAGCUGAUCUUCUUGUUCAACUGCCCGCGCUGGUCGGCAUUAUCCUUGACACUCUCCGACUCCUCCGAUUUCGUGUUAAUUUGGGUGCGGGUAAAACUGAGGCCCUUGUUGACAUCCGGGGGGAGGGCGCUCGAGCGGCCCGUGGAGCUCUCCUCACCGGUGAUGCGAUGUUAAAGAUCUCUGACUCUGACAGCAUCAAGUUGUGUCCCGAGUACAAGUAUCUGGGUGUGGCUCAGCUGCCUCGGGAUACGGGCCGCCGCGACUGUGAGCUUGCCGCCCAACGAGGCGCCGCUGCGGCCUCCCUUGCUCGCACUCUCCUCUGCAGCAAUUGCUUGCCCUGGGAACUUAAACGGGCUUGGGUCGCGGGACGAGUCCUGCCCUCUGCUUAUUCCUCCCUUGCUAUGUCUCUGGCCGACUCCGGCCGUGCCACGGCCCCUCUCGCUGGCCUUUUUGAACGCACGGCCAGGAUCCUGCUGUCCUCAUGGCAGGUUGGGCACAAGCUCACCACUCCACUGCUCCGGCUCCUCGCUGACAUUACUCCUCCUGACCUGGCUACCACCAUCAGUCAGUGUCGCCUCUGCGUCCAGCUUUUCUGUAAAGCACCCACGGCGGUGCGUGACAUCGUCGAUGCGGCGUGGAACAGGGCCCUCCCUUGGUGCCAGGCCCUCGUCGCGGCAUGUAUGAGGGUAGGCGUUGCGCUUGAGGUUUGGGACCCUAAUUCCCCCCCCGCCGUUACAGCUCUGUUUGUCCAAGACCACAGCCGUGCUCUUCUUCGUGCCUGCAAGGCACUCAGCAAGUUUGGACAUCGGUACAUUGCCUGUGCUCAGCUUUGGGAUGACCUUUCUACCCGUAAGGCCACCCUAAUUUUAGGACCCCCCCAGGCCCAUCGAUGCCCUGUGUGCAGCAUCAUCUUCCCGAGCCUGCACGCGGUCCGAGCCCACAUGCAUCGCAAACAUGGUGUGCUGUCCGAUGUGACAGCUUACAUGGCCGGCUCUGUCUGCCUCUGGUGCAUGCACGACUUCCACUCUUCGGACCGGUUGAAAUACCAUCUGCAAUCCCACCGGGCCUGCUUGCAUGGACUGCGGGUGACGGUGGGGCCUGUCUACCAGUAUGGGUCGGGCACUAAACGCAAGGGUAGAACGGCCCACAGGGGUGUUCCCCCACAACGCCUAUGCGGGCCCUGCAAUGCCACCCCAGCACAGCGCCGGGCCGCGGAUUUGGGUCUGCCUGCUGAUGAGGAGGAGCUGCAACAGGAGUGGGAUGCGGUGCAACGUCCGCCGGCCCUCUCCGACCUCGUCCCCGGCAAUUUGCAACGGGCCGCUGCGGGGUCCUCCCUCGCUGCUCCAACCCUUGCCGAACUUGGAUUUCCCCUCGCCACGGCCCCAGUCUCGGAGCCCUCCCUGUCCCGCAUUGCUCCACCCUUGUCAUCUGUGGGCUCUCUGCCCCCUUGGCUCUCCUUUGUUGAUGGGGCUGCCGCAGGUCUUUCGGCUUCCUUCAUCCUCCUUGCUCCUUGGGAGUUCCGGGCCUUCCGGUCGCUCGGCGUCCUCCGUCGCGCCUCGUCUUCCGGGCUUGGUGCUCCUGUGUCUCUCGGCGAUGCGACCUCCGGCAGAUGGUCUCUGUUGGGGAUUGCUGCCGCCUUGGUCUCCUUCCGUAUGACCUGCAAGGUCGUUCUGCGGUUUGGCGCCCUUUGGAUUCCCGGGCGUCCCAGUCAACAGGGCCUUGUCCUCUUGCGGCGGUUGCUUCCUUCUGCCGUCUUCCUGGACUUCUGGUCCCCUGCUGGUCCUGUGUUUCUGGCUGCGAGCUCUGCUUCCUUGGCCUCGUCUGCUCGCGCCGUCAUCGCCGGUUCUUCUCUUGCGGCCCCGUCCUCGCUCUCCGUGCGAGCUUUCUGGGCCUAUCCGGCUGCUUGA